AUGCUCGCGGCGGUUGGCGCGACGCUGGCGCGCUUCCAGGGGACCCGGGUGACCUUCUUGCUCCUCUACCAUCACGAUGGUCGUCCCGCAGAGAGAUGGGCCCGGAGAGAGCGACAUGGUGGGCCUCUUCGCCGACAUGCGCCUCAUCAGCGUCCGCACGGAGGACUCUCUCUUGGCCUCAGCCUCGCGGGCCUGGUGGCGUGGCUGCAGCACGUCGUGAGCGAGCGGCUGUGGCAGCCGCCGCCCGCCGAGACCCAAGCCGAGGUGCCCCUCGUGAACUUCGAGUGGACCGACUUCGAGAGCCGCCACGGCUUCACGCAGCUCGUGCAGUGCCGCGAGGCCGGCGAGUACCUGCAGAACCCCCUGAAGGUCGCGGUGGACCAGCCGGACCCAUUCACGUGGCGCGUGAGGAUGGCGUUCGACACCGCGCUGCACGGCCAAGAGGGGCGCGACAGGUUCUUCGCGAUCUUCCAGCAGAGCAUCCGCGGCCUGCUGCUCGACCCUCUGCAGCUGAUCUGGCCCGACGCCGCGCCCGCCUGA